CAGAUUUAGCACAUAAUCAUGUUCAAUUUGAUCCACUGUGCAGCCUAGAGAUAAAAGGGUUGAAAAAAUAGAUUUAGCUUAUGUCAGUCUUUGUGGUGAUGUCAUUGCCAUGAGAGAUGGAAUAGCGCUGUUACUAUGCUGUGCCUGCUCAGUUGGUGGGUGUACGGGGGACAGGCAACCAGCAACUCACUUUAAGUGCACAGAGCUCGUGUUGGAGGCUUGCAGGCAUUGCCAGCGCUGAAACUGAAUCUUGGACUGUUCAAUUGCAGUACUGAAGAUUUUUUUUUUUAUUAUUCUUUUGUUGUUUUCUUGCAUCGUUUGUGACUCUGAGCUUGCCUAACUCUGUGUACAAAGGCGGGGGAUGCCAGCCCGUAGCAUGGACUGUGAUGUUUCCACUCUGGUUGCCUGUGGGGUUGAUGUGGAGGUUUUUGCCAGCCAAGAGGUUAAGGAGAAAUUUGAAGGUUUGUUCCGUGCCUAUGAUGACUGCGUGACAUUCCAGCUGUUCAAAAGCUUCAGGCGUGUCCGGAUAAAUUUUAGCAGUCCCAAAUCAGCUGCUCGUGCCAGAAUAGAGCUGCAUGAAACACAGUUCAGAGGGAAGAAGUUAAAGUUGUAUUUUGCACAGAUUCAGACCUCUGAGACAGAUGGAGACAAGCUUCAUUUGGCACCACCACAGCCUGCAAAACAGUUUCUCAUCUCGCCUCCAGCCUCCCCACCUGUAGGGUGGCAACCAAUAGAUGAUGCAACACCUGUCAUCAACUACGACCUCCUUUAUGCAGUUUCUAAGCUUGGACCAGGAGAGAAAUACGAGCUGCACGCAGGAACAGAGUCCACUCCCAGCGUGGUAGUGCACGUUUGUGACAGCGACAUGGAAGAAGAUGAGGACCCAAAGAAUUCUCCAAAGCCAAAAAUCAUUCAAACUCGACGCCCCGGUGUGCCACCGCCUGUAUCUAACUGAGCCUCUCCGGCAGAAGCAGCACUUCUCUCUCCUCCAGCACAGCUCUUGGUUUUUGUUUGCUUUGUUCUGUUGAAAGGCAGCCUUUGCCUUCCGAGCACCGGGACAUUAAGGUCAUUGAAACCCCUUCACAGUAAUCAAGCCUCUGUAACAAAAGGGCUAGGAAAAAGAUCUUUGUACCUGUAACCAUAUCACACACCAACUGAUAGAUCUAGCUGGCCAGGACAAAACAAGGCUGAGGAAACAAGGGUUGGUUUCAGUCUGAGGAUCUUUUCACAGCUGUAAUUUGCAUGCUGAAACACCACUACCAGAGAUUGUUUGGGUGGGAAUUAGGCCAAUAUCAGUCUUGAUAUUCAAACUCCCAGGAUUGCUACUGCCCCUCAUCAAGCAGCCUGCUCCUCUGCCCUCCUCACUUCCCAACAGUCUUUUUCCUUUUUUUUUUAAGGGGGGUAGGUGUGUUGUUUUAACUCUACUAGCAGCUUGGUGGCCUUUGCACCCCCUGGAAUUUUCUUUAAGGAAUACUAUCUUUGCAACAUUUUCAGAAACAACAGAAAGCAACACCUUUCCAGCAAUAGCUGUAGAGAACGGUGGUCUGAAAUGGUGGCAGGGAUGUGAGAUGGAACUCUCUGAGCCGAGGGGAGAGGCAGCAGCUGCUGGGGGGUCUGGUUAUUUCUUCUCUCUGAAGAGAGCCAGAAUAUCAAUAGGGAUUGUCAGUUCAUUUUCUGUCAAGGAAUGAGUGGUCCUUCUCUUCAGGUCUGAGGAAGAGGAGCUGACUGACUGCUCAUGUAAGAUGGGAUCCUUUGCUCUCUCUCAUAGCUGAACGUUCCAGUAACAUUACAGGCUGAAUGCUUUCCUAGUGGUGUGGUGAAUAGCCCUGAAAUUGUCAGUAAUUACUUGCGCAUCUCUAAUAUUCAGACAUUUUCCCUUCCCAUGUCCUGUGCUUCAAAACCCUUUUUGAGCUGUAUGCAGUUUGAGUUUGUGGAGGUGAGCAGAGGUUAGUUGAUUUUUUUUUCUUUUUUAGGCCAAAGAAAACAGGACCAUAAUUACACACUUGAAAUUAGACUGCAUGCAACUGAAUCCCCUUUUUUCACCCCAUCCUGCAUGUUUCUUUCACUUGCAAUAUAUACUGGGUUACAAAAACUGUUCUGUGUUUGCAUCAUGGCUGACAGCAGACAGGUUCCGGAUUCCCUGUCUGGCAGACCUUCCAUGAUGAUUUAUUUUUUUAAGGCGUACUUGUCAUUUGGAGAACAUAUUUUCUAGACAUUUGAGCUCAGAUUUUGCAUAUAUUUAAGCAUGCGCUUAAUUUAUGCACAUGAGUAGUUCCACUGAAAUUAAUACUGCAGAAACUGAGCGUAUGUGUAUGGUAUGGUGGGAUUUUUAAGCUAAUUAGCUGCAGCUGUACUCCCCAAAGUGACUGUAAAAUGGCACAGCGAGCCUCCAUGGUUUAAAAUCCUUUACAGAUUAAAAGAGGUAAAUACAUCUCGGAAGCUUAUUCUAGGAUCUGAAAAGUCAGCUUAGGUUCUGCAAUCAAGAUUUUUGUCGUAAAACCUAACAGUCUGGUUUCUGAGGGAGGGUUCCAUCACACCCUUAAUUAGCAGCAAUGCUACAGAGCUUCAGCAGAGUCAAGUCUCCCUUGCAGGGUCUUGGCUUGGCAGCACUUCCAGGACAACAGGCGUGUUUCUCUGUCAGUGAGGACAGGAGAUGGCAUUCCCAGCCUGCAUGGUGAGGACAUGUGGGAAUGAGGGCUUGUCAUUCUCACAUAGUUCAGCCUCUGACCACCACAGCCUCAGGUGUUCCUGGUGAGACGCAGUUCUUUGCUCAUCACUUGGCAUGUUUCCAUAAUGUGAUAAUUGUUACUGCAUUAUGGGCAUUGCUGUGUGCUGUUACACUGAUAGAAUACUGCUCAUUAAACACAGCAGAGACUGAACAGAAAAUGGGGCUUUAGUAUCUUCUGAUAUAGGUGUGAAGUUUCCCUAAAGUAACUUCUUAGAGGUGCCAUGUCAAUUACUUUCCUAGUGAUACAUUUAAAAUUGAUUUAAGGAAACAAAUUGUCACUCACAGGCCUAGGAAUGUAUCCUGUUGAAAACACCAUCUAAGGCCACGAAGGAUAUUCCAGGAGUAACUCCACUGGCUUUUUUGAGAACACAUCCAGCACUGAUGUCCAUGGGGUUUAGUUUAGCCCACUAUAGACAGCUCAGAAAGAUUUAAACAUGUAAAUGAUCAGAUAUCAUUGCUAAUGGAUUUUUUUACAGACAAGACUGUAGGAGGCCAAACCUGGUCCUUGUAUCCACGUCCUCAAACUUUUGAGAGACAUGGUUCUGAACUAAGUACUUUGGCCUCAAAUGAUGUAAAACUACACUGCAAAUUAAAGCACUGGACCUUAAAUGUUCUUUCCUCAAAGUGCAUUUUCAAACAGAUUUAAAAUAAGGCCCCAUUCAGUGACUACUCCGUGCUUUGGAAAGCUGUGUGGUGCUACCCAGGAGGCAGCAGGACACGGCUCAUUGCUUGAAGCAUUGAAAUAGAAACACAAUUACAAACCUGCAAAUUCAAAGCAGCCUCUAUGUUCAAAGCUUAUAUAUCACCUGUAUGUGAUAAAAUAAUGAUCAUAAUAAUAAUAAAAAAAAAAAGUGUUCCGUGUUUUAUGGAAUAAUGUCCCUAUCAUCAAUGUACCAGCAUUUGAGACGCUAGUGUUUUACUAAAGGCUGAUUCUUGCCUGACAUGGAAAGAAUGCUUCUUUCAAAAAAUGCUGACUAUCUGGAAGGAGAAUUGUCCUAUUCAGUAAAUCACAGGCAGAGCCCCUACUCAUUUGAGCAGGAAUUUGCUUUUCUGUAGCUUUUCUGAGGUCAGCUGCUCUGACUUGCACUUCUCUCAGGGUAUCAGGGGCUCUCUCCUGCUGGAACCCUGGAAGAAUGGAGCCUCACUGUUACACUGUGGCUCCUGAGGCACAGCCCACAUCCUUUUAAUUUCCUCCCAAAGCAGGAGCUGGAGGGAGCAGCUGGAGGUGAUGCCCUGGAGCCUCUGAAGGGUGGACAUGGCUCCUGCUGCUCUUUGGAAAUUAAAAGAAGGAAAUCAGGGGAGUACAGCUGCUGCUUCUGUUGCCUGCUGCCUACUUGUCCUUUCUGACCUCUUCAGAAAUGAAACUGACAUUUUAAUGACUUCCUCGCUACAGUUUAAAGCAUGAAAACAUUUCCAGUGCAUGGAGAAAGAGUGUUUUACAAUCUGCUCUUUUGGAACAAAACAAGUAAUUUUUGUGGCCUUGAAUUUUGUAAUUAAGACAAGGUGUACAAACUCCCCCCUUCCUAACAUACACAGACACGCUCCAGUAAACUUUGUUUUCAGCCAAGAAAAUAUGGCAAGAACAUCCCUUAUUCAACCAUAGCAAGACCACAGCCAUAGCCACUGUAAAGUGUUUUAGGUUAUAAAAAUUCUCCCCAUGCAUGAAUUUUGUAGCACUAAUUUGAUCCUAAAUUAGGUGAGAGGGGUGGGUUGGUUUUAUUUUGGUCUUUUCCCCCACUCUGUCCCAUUCAGCAACACUGUAAAAGCUUUCAGCAAAAAUACAGAUUGUUGUUUGUAUUGAGGAAUUGUCUGAACUCCUGGAAGGAUUGAAUUCCACUGGUUUGUCUGAGCACUGUCACAGAUGCCAUGAGCUUUUCCAUUGUAUUGUACAUAACUUUUGAAAUAUUCUAUUUAGUCAUAUUUUAUAGGAGUAAUUAAAAGCUACUGGCUAAUUAAUCACUUUUACACUUGUAUAAUUCAGAGCUUAGUUUAAAAUAAUAAAUAUGGCAAACAGUAUUUUUGUGUUCUGCUUGCACUGGUGUUUGGAAAAGCAACAUUUAAAGAUUUAAACUAUAUCAAUAAACUGAGUAGUGUGGUGUAUCCCCCUGCUAGAACUGAAAAUGCUUAAACGUGUUACGUAGGCCAAACUCUGUUUCAGUAGAAAUUAAGGGGAAGGCAGCCUUCUUGUUGGCAGGAUAUGCCAUGUUCCAUUUUAAGCUGCUGCAGUUUCACAGUCAUGUGAACUUGCUCUGGCUUGCUGUGGAUUUGGCUCAGUGUACACAAAAAAAUCUGCAGUGCAGUCCCUGGUGAGCAAAAGCUUGGCACGCCCCAGACCCCUGAUGUGGUUCUCACUGUGCUUUUAUAAUCAUGGGUGAUGCUGUGGCCAUGAGUGCUUGGACAAGGAGCGUGGCAUCCAGCUGCCAGCCAGGCUGGGGAAGGAGGUCUGUUAGCAUUCAUUUUUAUAAAAAUUGAAAUGAAUUGUUGUCUCUUGCAUCAGUUUGUGCUGGGUCUUGCAAAAGACUGGAAACUGGGAGAUGAGUUUGCUGAUAACUGUCCUGUGAAAUUCUGAUACUGAAUUGCUGAAAUCUGGAUUUGAAAAAAUGAUUUGUUUUUCUGUGUGCCUGGCAUAAAAAACUUCAUUUCUCAAGGGAUGUUUGUUCAUGAUUCUGAAAAUUAGAUCCACUUAAGAAGCCUCACUGGAGAAGUAAACUCUUGAGCUCUUUAAUUCCUUUGAAAAGGACAGGCCUUAACUUCUGUGUUUUAGUCAGGUAAACUAGUAAUAGUGAACUUCUUCUGGGGUUCUUUUCACCUCUUUUAGAGGUGAAAGGCAGGAAGCCUAGUUUAUUCUUCACUUUGAGCACCAAAAGAGCUUCCCCCCCCACCGUGCGUUUCUUCAUCCACCCGACUGAAAUGCUGUGUUUGUGACAUGCCGGCUGUGGCUCUGCCACCGUGCCUGGCACUGGACACAGCACUGGGAAAUGAGCUUCAGGGCUUCAGCUGCGGAUGGCGGAGAGCUGUGUCUCAGAGGACCAGACUGAUCACAGUCACAGUGCUUUCAGAUCCUCUAAAAAAUAUUCACUGAAUUUAUUUUUGGUCCUUCUUUAGUGGCAAACUCCUCAGCACUCAACUUUUUGCCGUUUCAGGCUUUCUCUCACAUACUAGUGUGAGAGAAAUACUUUUUUAUUUCCUUGAUUCCAUUUUGCCUAAAAAAUCACUUUUAAUUCUGGUUUAUCAAAAACCAAAACCAGCUAUGGAUUAAAGUCCUAGCCAGACCCUCAUUUAUGCUCAGCAUCCUGCAGUGCUCUUGACUGAUGAGUUACACUAGCAAAAACCCCAAACACUGCUUUUCCUGGUUUAACCCAUCUUCUGGGGGAGUACAGCAGCUUUCAAUAUUCUAGGCUGCUCUUAAAAAGAGAUGUUUUUAUAACAGUAGCUGUGCUUUUUUUGAAUACAUGUAGACUGCAGCAUUCAGGGGUAAAAGGACAAGGGAGGAAGUGUUGUAAAAGCUCUUUCCCACAAGUCUAUUUGAAGUGUGGAGCAUAUUUGCUUUGGCUUGGAGGGGAGAGAAGCCAGCACUGUUAGAGGCAGAACAGCAGCAGCACUCUGGAUGGAAUGGCAGGAACCCUGAAAGUCCCUACUGCAGAGAUGGUCAGAAAGCUUAAAAAAACCAGCCUGAAUUCUCUCUCCCUUUCUGUCAGUUUGUUCAGUAACUACACAGAUUCUGGCACUGAUGGAAGAGUCAUCUUAAUGUAGGAUCACAUCCUGAUGCCGCAGCUACAAAGCUUAAAUAGGGACAUUUGUUAGGGAGGUUCUUGCUGGAGUGAGGCUGGGAAAGCUGUGAAGUGUGAGCAGCCUUGAAGUUAAUGAAAAAUGAAGAUAUUCAGAACCUUAAAACAGACUUCAGGAUGCAGAUUGAUGUACCCAAGAGCUGUAUUAAGGACCCAUUUGAAUCAGGGGCUCACUCACAACAUUAAGAGUAUCCAACAAGAAAGAUUAAACUUUUCUAUUAUUCUCACCAGAAAAUCAGCCUUCUUUAAACAAAUUAUUGUAACUGAUCAUGUAUCUAGUGCGAGAAAGUUGUGUCUACGUUAGUGUCACACAGAUGUGUUCUCUUCACUGUUGGGUUAAUGAAGGUAAAUGUUUUGAAUCCAUUUUAGAGCAGAAUUCUUGUACAGAAACUUCUGACAGAAAUGCCAUCUGUAAGGACUGGUGGAUCCUUAAGUGUCAGUUUAGCAAGUUGUCCUACUGUGGGUAGCUGCAGAAAUAUUUCGUGUAUGUUGUUGUAGAUUUAAAAGCAUUGCUCAUGGUUUCAUUCGAGUGUCUGCAUUUCUGACACAGAUGUGACAUAUCUGUAUAUAUUAUAAAUCAAUACUAUUUUUAACCACAUAUUUUGUACAAAUAUUCACAUUAGCGCUGUACUUCAAUGAAAAUCUAUUAUGGUAUUAAACAUUUUGGUGGAAUUAGCAAA